AUGCAUCCAUCUCAGUCUAUCUAUCUAUUAGGUUGGUCAAAAACGACAUUAUUACGUCAUUAUUUUUGCACCAACCUAAUAUCUAUCUAUCUAUCUAUCUACCUAUCUAUCUAUCUAUCUAUCUAUCUAUCUAUCUAUCUAUCUAUCUAUCUCAGUCUGCUUCUAUGUAUCGACCUAUCUACCCAGUCUGCGUCUAUGUAUGUAUGUAAUCAAUCUAUCUACCUAUCUACCCAGUCUGCUUCUAUCUAUCUAUCUAUCUAUCUAUCUAUCUAUCUAUCAUACAACCCAAAUGAACAAGCCCAAACAGAACACAAUUUUUUUCAUGUCGAUCGAUCUAUCUAUCUAUCUAUCUAUCUAUCUAUCUAUCUAUCUAUCUAUCUAUCUAUCUCAGUAUGCUUCUAUCAAUCUGCCUUUAUCUGUCUCAAUAUCUAUUUAUCUAUCGAUCUAGCAUACAACCCAUAUGGCGGCAGUAUUUGA